AUGGAUCACUACUUGAAGAACCAUAGUUACGCGCCUGCAAAAUCCCAGUUCGAGCCCAUCCGUGGUGAACGUUUCCGUCCAUCAGCUUCCCAAGUUCUGCUGUCCGAGGGGCCAUUGAGUGCAGCUGGUAGAAAGUGCAACACGAUCUACAAGGGGUUUGCUGAGUGCCUGAUCAAUCUUGGGGACAGCAUGGCUCAGACCGUUCAGCAACAACAGCAAGGGGAUGACGACGGCAAUCUGCAGCAGCAACAGGAGCUGGAUACCAUUUGCAAGUCCUGGGAUGACUUCCAUAUCUGUGCUACCCAGGUCUUAUCCAGCUGCCCUGAGGAAGCUGCCAGCAUCUGGGAAUCACUUCGUCAAGAAUCCCGGAAGAUCCAGUUCCAAGGGAACCUGCAUGAUCUGUGCAGCUCACGGGCUCAGCCAGCAGGCAAUGGGAGAGCUUCCGAUAUGGAUGAAAGUAAUAAAGAGACCCUGCGUGGAGCCGCUUUCCUUCUCCAGCCCAGUCUCUGGAGCCUUCUGCUGACAUUUGUGCCUCUGGUGGCCGUGAUGUCGUUUGCUUAGCAUGGAAGCCGUGAGGAGGCAUCCCUCCCUUACUCUCUGGUAUACCACAGACUGAUGGCCCAGCACAGGUCCCUUCCAGAAAACUGGAUCAGGCUCAACACUUAGCAACUGUCUUUGGGGCUUCUUGAUGGCAGGGGCAGCCUGGGCCGCUGUAUGGAGGAGGCAGGAGGCUGGGAGCUCACCUCUGCCCUGCUCAGAGAAGCCAGGUUGCAUGAAAGGUGUUCCCUCUCGUAUAGACGCACCCUAAAAUUACCAGGUGGAGUCCUCCACUGGCACAGGUCUCUAGGGCCCUGCCCCACCCCCCCACCGAGGCUGGCAUGAAGCAUCGUGAGGCAGCUCCGCCAGGGACAUAUUUGGGUGUCGUGGCAAAUUGUUAGCUGUGCAUUCCUUCUAGCUGACCUGGAUCCAGAUUUAGAUUAGUCCAGUGGUGAGAAACAGGUCUGCUCUAAACAUGGAUCGAACCUGUUUUAUCUUGACUUCCAGAACAGGCAAAAGGGGUGUGUGGGUGUGUAAUUUAAUGUCUCAAGUGCUAAAAUAACUUGGUUGUCCUUGGGCACCAUACACCUGGCGGGUGGGGGGACAUUUCCAGCCGUGUUUCAGUUAGCAAGACGUCUUGAGGCUGGCAUUAGUCACCCUUGACCCUCCUCCCUUUCAAACACCACCACCUCUUUGUUUUUUAACCCUGUCCCUGGAAAUCUAGUCUCAAAAACACUCAGAGCUUAGAAAAGGCAUUUUUAUAGACAUCAGCUCCCAGAAUACCCAAGACAGCGUGGCUGUACUGGAGAGGGGGUGUUUUCUGGGAGUUGUAGUCCAGAAAAAUAACUUUUCCACACUAACAUGUUUUCGAACAGCUGAUGUCGGAGACAGUAAGAGAGAAAGAGAGCCAGAGGCAAGGAAUAGCAGCCGUUGUCUCUUCGCUUGACAGAGUCCUUCCGGCCUUCUGUGUUCUCAUUCAUUUGUGGCUGUCAGAGACCAGGUGCAAAGUCCACGUAUCCCCAUUAGCUCGAGCACUCAAAGACCAGAACUGUGUGCACAGCCAUCUGUGCAGACUUAUGUGUAUGCACAUUUCUUUGGUAUGUGUGUUCCCUUGUCCUUCCUUCAAGAUUUCCUGGCAUCUCGUGUCACUUCUGUGUUGGAUUGCUUUCCUUUUCUUCCUGCUUGUUCCUUCUCCAUUUCUACAGGUGUGCGGAUUUGUGUCCU